AUGGUGAAAACUCUGUACCUUAUCCGCCAUGGGCAAGGAUACCACAACAUCUCCGAGACACAACCCCAGCAACAACAGGGCAACUCAUUCGUCAAAGACCCCCACCUAACGCCGACGGGCAAAGUCCAAUGUCUAGACCUACGACAAAGCUUCUCUUUCCACAAAGAUGUCGACAUUGUCAUGGCGUCUCCGCUUUUCCGCACCGUGCAGACCGCCGUUUUCGGCCUCAGAGGUGUCCUGCAAAGAAAAGAUGUUCCCUUCUUGCUAGUCCCCAAAGCUCAGGAGAUCAGCGACAAACCGUGCGAUACCGGUACCGACCCUGCAGGUCUCAAGCUUGCUCUGACUGAGAUCUUCGAGGAAGAAGAGUAUGGGUUUGAUGCGGGGAGGAUUGACUUUUCGCUUGUGGAAGAGGGGUGGAAUUCCAAGAAAGGGGAGUAUGAAGCCAGUCUUGAAGCAGUGCAGAAGCGUGCAGCGGCGCUGAGAUGUUGGCUGUGGAAGCGUCCGGAAGAGCACAUUGCUCUUGUCACGCAUGGAGCUUUCUUGCAUUACUUGACAGAAGAUUGGAAGGGCUUGGUUCUUCCUAGAGGUACGGCGUGGCACACAUGUGAGUUUCGGAGAUUCACUUUUGAUGAGGGAUCGAAUGAGGAUGCGGCUCAUAUGACGGAAGUUGGGAAGGAGGGAAGAGAUAAAGGGAUGAGGCCAGAUGGUGCUCAUUCACAUGAUAUUUCUGGUACAGAGCAGUUCCCAAAUUAG